GCCUCUCAUUCUGCCUGCAGAGGAAAAAAUCACUUGAGGGCUCCUCAGCAAAAGCCCUUGUCAGUUUAAAAGUUGCAGCCAACUCUGAAGACAUUUCUUUGAAUUAAGGAAAACAGAAAUACCUCACUAAUUUCAAUUUAAUAUACCAACGGUUUCACAUAUUGAAGCAAAAAAACAUUUAGAAAUAUGUUCUAAAUUCAAGAGGGAAGCUUAUCUAACACAUGGAAUGAAAAGUAUAAUUCUUUACAGAAAACACCUGUUUGGAAAGGCAGAAACACAGGCUCUGCUGUGGAAAUGCCUUUUAGAAAUUCGAAACGAAGUCGACUCUUUUCUGAAGAAGACGACCGACAAAUAAAUACAAGGUCACCUAAAAGAAACCAGAGGGUUGCAAUGGUUCCACAGAAAUUUACAGCAACAAUGUCAACACCAGAUAAGAAAGCAUCACAGAAGAUUGGUUUUCGAUUACGUAACCUACUCAAGCUUCCCAAAGCACAUAAAUGGUGCAUAUAUGAGUGGUUCUAUUCAAAUAUAGAUAAACCACUUUUUGAAGGUGAUAAUGACUUCUGUGUAUGUCUAAAGGAAUCUUUUCCUAAUUUGAAGACAAGAAAGUUAACAAGAGUAGAAUGGGGAAAAAUCAGACGACUUAUGGGAAAACCACGGAGAUGUUCUUCUGCAUUUUUUGAGGAAGAGAGAUCAGCAUUAAAACAGAAACGGCAGAAAAUAAGGCUCUUACAACAAAGGAAGGUUGCAGAUGUUUCACAAUUCAAAGAUCUCCCAGAUGAAAUUCCUUUACCCCUGGUUAUUGGAACCAAAGUUACAGCACGAUUACGUGGUGUUCAUGACGGUCUGUUCACUGGACAAAUAGAUGCUGUGGAUACUCUUAAUGCUACUUAUAGAGUAACUUUUGAUAGGACAGGGCUUGGAACUCAUACCAUCCCUGACUAUGAAGUUCUUAGUAAUGAGCCUCAUGAGACGAUGCCAAUUGCUGCCUUUGGACAAAAACAGCGGCCUUCUCGAUUUUUCAUGACUCCACCACGGUUACAUUAUACUCCCCCUCUCCAGUCACCUGUUACAGAUAAUGAUCCUUUAUUAGGACAGUCACCUUGGAGAAAUAAAAUUUCUGGCUCCGACACUGAGACAUUAGGAGGUUUUCCAGUAGAGUUCCUUAUCCAAGUGACCAGAUUAUCAAAAAUUCUCAUGAUUAAAAAGGAACAUAUCAAGAAAUUGAGGGAAAUGAACACAGAAGCAGAAAAAUUGAAAUCAUAUUCCAUGCCCAUUGGCAUUGAAUUUCAGCGGAGAUAUGCAACCAUUGUUCUAGAGCUUGAACAGCUGAACAAGGACCUAAACAAAGUUUUACAUAAAGUUCAACAGUACUGCUAUGAGCUUGCUCCAGACCAGGGUCUCCAGCCUGCAGAUCAGCCAACAGAUAUGAGACGAAGGUGUGAAGAAGAAGCACAGGAAAUUGUCCGGCAUGCAAAUUCCUCAACAGGACAGCCCUGUGUUGAAAACGAAAAUCUUACAGACUUAAUCUCCAGACUUACAGCUAUUUUGUUACAAAUUAAGUGUCUAGCAGAAGGAGGAGACCUGAAUUCCUUUGAAUUCAAAUCACUUACAGAUUCAUUAAAUGACAUCAAGAAUACAAUAGAUGCUUCUAAUAUCAGUUGCUUUCAGAAUAAUGUAGAAAUCCAUGUGGCACAUAUUCAGAGUGGCCUGAGCCAGAUGGGAAACUUACAUGCCUUUGCAGCAAAUAACACCAACAGAGACUGAGAAGAUUUAAUUAUUUCAACUGCAUAGGACAUUGUUUUUGUUUUCCUUUAUAUAGGCUCCCAAUACCAAAUAACUGAACUGCUGGAAAACAAGGGAAAUUAAAAUCUCCAAAUAAGGCAUUUUAAUAUACUGUACUGCUUCUUAAACCAGCAUUACUGACCAGCAUUAUAUUUAUUUUUCUUUUAUUAUUCUGCUGCAGUAGUAUUGCUUAUGUUACUUUUGUUUAUUAGCACGUAUUUUAAAACUGAAAAUUUCUGAACAUAUUAGUAUAAUUUCAUGGAAGAAUAUAUUGACCAUUUUUUUAAUGUGCGUGAGUUCAACCCAACGCAUGCAGACAGCUACUGCAAUAGAGAACAUGAAGAAAAAUGGUCUUUGUGUGCAUAUUGGUGGCAAUUGGGAAAUUCUGUCCAGAAAAUUACAAAUCUAGUUGAUUUAGUUGAUCAGCAUCUUAGUCUUUAAAAGAUAACGCCAUAAGGUGUGCAAAGUCCUAGUUUUAAGGAAGCCACUGGAAUAUAGAUGGGAAAUAUGGACUUACAAGUAUAUAUGAUAUAUACUUGCGAUGUGACAUGAUUCUGUAGAUCAUUUUAUAAUUUUAAAUAUUUUAAUUUAUCAUAAUUUAUAAAAGAAACCUUUGUUGUUUGUCUGUUGAAAGAAAAUGAAGGAACAAGAAAGAAACAUUACUGCAAAAUCCUAAAUUUCAGCAAGUGGAUUUGGCAUGUGCUUUUCCCGUCAAUUCAGGGCAAAAAGUGCUAUUGUUAUGAGAUUUAUUAAAAAAAAAAAAAAAAAAAAAAAAAAA